AUGAGAGAACGCAGCUCUCAGUCGUUGAUCGAGUGUGGCCUGAAGUGUCUAAGAGAGUGCCCAUGUAGCUUCUAUGGCUAUAAUCCGAGUCUGAAGAAGUGUCGUGUACACCGGAGGACCUUCACUUCCGGGAUGUCAGAAGAGACCGGAUGGAGAUACUACUCUCCUCACCAUCUUCCAGUAGAUUGUAAGGACCUCCGUAAUGAUGGUCAUACUAAUACAGGGGUGUUCGAAAUUUAUCCCUUUGGAAACGGCUCCUGUCCAGUCCGAGUUUAUUGUGAUAUGGACACAAUGAACGGAGGAUGGACGGCAAUUCAAAAACGAGUAGACGGAUCCCUGACCUUUGAACAGAAUUGGACAGAUUAUAAGAAUGGUUUUGGUGCACCUGAACGGAACGUCUGGAUAGGGAAUGACGUAAUCCAUCAAUUAACAAAGGGAAAUAACUCCUCCCUCUAUGUUUCCAUCACAUUAGUGAAUGGUACAACACUGUACGAGUUGUACAAUCGAUUCUCUGUUUCCGAUGAGGCAGGGAAGUAUCGACUGUUUUUGGCUGGACCUGCUACGGGAACCUUAGAGGACAGAAUGUUAAACUCGUUGUCUUCUUCCGCUGAUCUUUCUGGAAUGUCAUUCAGCACCCAAGAUAGAGACAAUGAUGGAUGGAGUACAGGUAGCUGUGCUUCUAAGUGGAGAGGAGGGUGGUGGAUGAAUGCUUGUUACGACGCCUUCCUCAACGGUCCCUGGGCUGUGGAAGACUGGGACGAACCAUGGAAUCCAAUAAUGUACGGGACCUCUAUUACGGGGACGAUGAUGUUGAUCAAACGUCUCUAG